AUGAUAAAGAAAUUCAAGAAGCUAUUUUAGGGUUAAUCAGAGUUCUAAAGCUUUUUAACAAAAUCUAGUUUAGCAAAAGAUAACUUUGUUUAUAAAUAAGAAGAUGUGGAAAUUCUAAUUCCAUUUCUAACUGAUGAAUAAAAUAUUACAGAUUUUUUCAAGGUUUAUUAAGAGGAAGAUUUACAACCUUAUACAGUAAAGAUGAAAAUGUUAAUCACAAUCCACUAGAUAUUAAAUAUAAGUGAGGAGUUUGCAUAACAAUUUUCAAGGAUUAAUUUUACAUAUUUCGAAAAGUAAUAUAGAUAGUAAAGUAGACCUACAUCUAAACCAGAAACCUUUGUUUUCAAAUAAAUAACAAAUGAAGUUUGGUUACUUGAUAAUCUAUAAAUUCCAUUUCUAUAAUAUCUUUAGAAGUUAGCAUUAAAUGUGUAAGAAAUAAAGGCAUAUCGAAAUAAUCAUCCUCGAAAAUAAAUAUUGUAAACUAAGUAUAAGUGAAUAAUUUAUAGAAGUUUGGUUGUUGAAUGUUUUAAAUUAGAAAAUUUAGUAAAUCAUGGAUUAUCACUUGUUCCUUAAUUAAAAACUGCAUUAUCUAAUUUUCCUCAUGACUUUCUUCUCAAAAAAUUAGCUUGCAAUCUUUACUGUGAAUUAAGACAAUUUCAAAGAUAAUUAAUUAAUUCAUUAUCAGCACUAUUAGAUACAAACUCUAGGGCUUCCAAUAUAGAAAUAUAUGAGUUCUUUAGAGAAGUAGAGAAUUUAAAUAUAUUUUAAGGUUUAAAUAAUUGAAAAGAAAACAAUGUCUUUUUAUAUGUUACAUAAAUUAUUUGAUCCAGCCAGGAAAUUGAUGCCACCUUUACAAUUAAAAAUAGAUAUUAAGAGUGCCAAACAUCUCGAACAAUAAGCUUUACAUGAAUUAUAAAGGAUAAAUCAAUAGAGAUAACUUAGAAGUCAAAGGAAUUCUAGAUCAAAUAGUACUGAUAAUCAAUAGAGAACAUCUUAAGGAUUUAUUAGUUAAAGAGAAAGAAGAUUUAUGAUGUAUAGCAGAGCAAAGAAAUAAGAAACAAUAUAAGAAGAUAUAGAAAUGCCUACAGAAGAAUAAUAAUCAGAUUAGAAGAAGAAUAAAUAGAAUAUUUAGAUAGUUUAAGAUGAUUUAAAUAAUUUUGAUGAAUAAAUUCAUGAAAAUGAAUAUAAAGAUUCAAAAGAAUAGGAUAUUUGUAAUAAUAAUAAUAGUUAAGUGGAAUAAGAUGAGAAUAUUAAAGGGAGUGAGAUAAAUGAAAGAUCUAGUUAAAAAGAGACUAAUGAUAUAGGUAAAAAUCAAGAAAGUACUAGUCAAGCAGAUUAAGAUGAAAAUUAAGAUAUUUGA